AAAUACAUCAGAUUGGAUAAUUAAAUUAUGCCUAAUGGUAAUGAAAAAUAAUUAUUUUCAGUACGAUAAGAAAUUCUACACCCAAACAGAAGGAAUACCUAUGGGUACAUGUAUAGGUCCUAAAUUGGCAGAGAUAACAAUUAUACAAAUCGAUGAAAAGAUAAAAAAUAUAGAAGGUAUUGAAUUUUACAACAGUCUUUUGAAAAUUAAGAAAAUGCCUUCAGUUAGGGACCAUAAAGACGCUGUAACGAAUCCAGAAAUUAGAGUACGAUCUCUUACUGCCAUAGGUAGUGCUGUAGAAGUUGAUCCAAAUAUUCCUCCACGACGCUAUUUUAGGUCAGGAACAGAAAUGAUUCGAAUGGCAAAAGUGUACUUGGAAGAAGGAAAUUUUGAAAAUGCAUAUAUUUUAUAUUCAAAAAUUUUAGCCCAAUGUUUAGGAGAGGUGUUAAAAGUUUUUAACAACAACGCCUAUGGCCUAACACUAGAAUUAGAUCAGGAAAGUCGCACAGAGGUUAGAUUGUUUGUAGAAAAAUUGCCUAAACAUCCAGAAUAUCAAAAUGUAGGAACUAUUGAUAAAGCAAACACAAAACAGAAAUUAAAGGAAAUAUUUACUAUUGCUGAAAAAUUAAAAUCAAAAUUAUUAGAAAAAUAUUCUCGAGAAUAUGAAGAAUGGCUUAAAGAAAAGAAGAAAGAGGAGGAGGAAGAAGAAAGAGAGAGAGAACGGUUACUUUUAGAAGAAGAGAAACGAAGGAAUGAAGAAGCUAGGAAAUCAGCUUUAGGAAAACAAAAUGAACCGAAAUUUACUGAUUGGGAUCGACCUCUUUUAAAUAAUACUAGCCGAAACACUUAUGAUCUGGUAGUGUCACCCAGUGAAUUUUCUGAUUUAAGAACAGAAUCUUCUCUAAAAGAUUAUCCAACAAAUACAUUCACCACCAUAGAUGAUAAUUCAACACUAAUUUCUCCCACAUUUAGUUAUUUAGACUCCAGUAAAGUUGGAGAUGGAAAAGAAUUGUUUGUAGAAAAAUUGCCUAAACAUCCAGAAUAUCAAAAUGUAGGAACUAUUGAUAAAGCAAACACAAAACAGAAAUUAAAGGAAAUAUUUACUAUUGCUGAAAAAUUAAAAUCAAAAUUAUUAGAAAAAUAUUCUCGAGAAUAUGAAGAAUGGCUUAAAGAAAAGAAGAAAGAGGAGGAGGAAGAAGAAAGAGAGAGAGAACGGUUACUUUUAGAAGAAGAGAAACGAAGGAAUGAAGAAGCUAGGAAAUCAGCUUUAGGAAAACAAAAUGAACCGAAAUUUACUGAUUGGGAUCGACCUCUUUUAAAUAAUACUAGCCGAAACACUUAUGAUCUGGUAGUGUCACCCAGUGAAUUUUCUGAUUUAAGAACAGAAUCUUCUCUAAAAGAUUAUCCAACAAAUACAUUCACCACCAUAGAUGAUAAUUCAACACUAAUUUCUCCCACAUUUAGUUAUUUAGACUCCAGUAAAGUUGGAGAUGGAAAAGAAUUGUUAACUGUAACAACGCCUACAGUAGAUCGUAGUACUAAACCCAGGUCUCUGCUUAGUCCAGUUCCAGAAUCCCAAAACAUUUCUGGAUUAAGAACAGUAAUAGUACCUCGUAAUCUUAUUGAUCAGUUUCUCCAUUUAGCUGAACAAAAUACCAUCUGUAAUAUUGAAACGUGUGGAAUAUUAGCUGGAAAAUUAUCUUAUAGUAAAUUCACUGUCACACAUCUGUUGAUUCCAAAACAAACUGGAAGUGCUGAUUCUUGUACAACUGGUAGUGAAGAAGAAUUGUUUACUUACCAGGAUAAACAUGAUUUAAUCACCCUAGGAUGGAUACAUACUCAUCCAACACAAACAGCAUUUAUGUCAAGUGUAGAUCUUCAUUCACAUUGUUCUUAUCAAUUGAUGAUGCCUGAAGCUGUUGCAAUUGUAUGCUCACCUAAGUAUCAAGAGACAGGAAUGUUUUCCUUGACUCAAGAUUAUGGCUUAGAUUACAUAGCCAACUGUCGAGAAUCAGGAUUUCAUCCUCAUCCUAAGGAGCCACCCUUAUACGAGGAAUGCAGUCACGUGGAGCUGAGCGAAAGAACGAAGGCCAUAGUGGUGGAUCUGAGGAAGUAGCGCAACAUUUUUUUUGUUUUCACCCUAUCAAACGUUUCUACUUUGAUACCAAAAUUCUUAAGUUGUAAAUUAGCGGUUGGAAGUUAAAUAAAUAAAUUUCUUCAUUGCGCUCCUCUUACCGUUUGGCGAUCGUCCUCCAACUUAAAAUUGUACAUAUAAACGUCGUCGGAUGUAAAAUUUUCUAUUUAAGACCGACGGCUGUCUUCUGUUUGAUUAUGUUAAUUAUCAGAAUAAAUUAUGUGGCACUUA